GCGACCGACAUACAUAAAUACGUAGCAAACAACUAUCCAUUUUAUUGACAACCAACCUACUGUAAAUUCCUAGUAAACUUGGCAAGAAAAAAAACAAUCCCUGCCAUUUUCAUUCCUUCCAUACACUUGAUCCGUUUCUCUUUAUACUUCUAUUUACUUUAUUAUAUCGUGUCUUUUUAUUGCCACUUAUUACUCUUACAAUUACUAGAAUUUUAGAAUUUCAUUCUUCCAUCUUUGUCACAUCAUGCCGUCCAAAACUUCAAAAUACGUAUAUCACGGUCAUAGUAAAAUAAUCUCUGGCGUCAUUGCGGUUCUUGAAACAACCAACCAUCCACUCUCUUUACAAGAGUUAGUUGACGAAAUGACGAGACGUCAGUUAGUUGUUUUUCAUGGUGCAACUCCGCGAAACACUGUCAGUGGUGAAAUUAGCAAGCUUCUCAACGCAGUAGGUCCUACAAAAGCACCUAUCCUAAAAGUCAACCAAGGCAAACUUACCAAAUUCUUCUUGAGACCGCGUCACCAACAGGAUGCGUUAAAACAAGUGUCACAUGAUAAAAUACAAAAAAGGUACUCAUCUCGAACUACUCGUAACCAUCAUUCACAAGGUACCAUUAUCUCUUCAGAUAAGCAGAAUCAAAAGGAGCGCGUUAUCGAUCAGAAAAAACGACGCCAAAUGGAUGAUCUAAAAGCUGCAUAUUUACUAUCUUGUCUUUCUGCGCAUUCAUUUUGGCUAAAUUUUAAGAAUGAACCAGAAAAAGAUUUUAAAUAUUUUCUGGAAGCUCACGUUGGAGAAACCUCUUUAAUUUCUAGUGUCACCAACGAAAAUGAUGGUGAUCUGAAUAAUAAUGACACAAUGAGAAUAGAUCAUGUAUGACAGAAUAUUGAUGGAUCAUAUAUAAUGAAACUUCUUUUAAUUUUACUAACCUCUUUUUUUCUUUUUUUUUUUUUCUUUUCACUUAAUAAUUACCUGAUGAAUGGUUUCCAUAAAUAUAUUAACCAUAAAAAAACGAAACCACUCAAAAAAAUAAAUUUAGAUUUUAAUAUUAUAAUUUUAUUUCUUACUAUAAUCUUUAUUUUAAUUGUAGAUAUUAAUCUUUCAAAAAAUCUCUUUUCUUAAUGUUAAUCAUCAUUUUCAUUUAGACAAAAAUUUAAUUAAUUUUCAACGAAAUGAGGUUUAAAAAAAAAGGAACAUUUUUGUAAAUUUUUUUUUUUUUGACAUUUAAGUUUAUUAGAAUUAGAGAAAUUAGUUUAAUUUUCUAAAUCUUAUUUCAUUAUUCCUUUGUAAUUUUUCCCUUUUAUUUUAUUUUAUUUUUUUCCUUCAAAUAGAAACAUUAGAGAUCCAGUUUAAGGAUAUAGAACAAAUU